AGUGGCCAAUGAGGUCGUUCGUAGAACCGCGGAUAUUUGAAAACAAAAAUGGCUGAAGUUCGGUCUGUACUGCAGCGCUGUGAUCCAGCUCUUCUGGACCCCUGCAGAGACUCGGAGCAGCCGGACUGCGCUGAAGCUGCCCCGAUGCUGCUCUACCUGACGGACAGUCGUCGGGUCCAGAAAGUUCUGUGGCGUCAGCUGUUUGUUCUGGACUCCAUGAUGUGUCUGUUGGAGGGUCUGGAGUCUGCCCAGCAACUGAUGACACAACCCUGUCCCCCCCAACCCGAGGGCGGGGCUCGGGGCAGGUGGAAGGCCCUGAAGCUGUCCAGCAGGUCGGGGGUGGAGGAGACGGAGACUCUGCUCAGAUCCCUGCAGGACAAAAUCCAACAGAUCCACAACAGACGACACACACUCACACUGCUGGUCCAACAGCUGCACAACAAGAAGCAGCAGUGUGAGCAGCUUGGGGAGUCCCUGCAAAAAGCCCAGAAUGCAUUGCAGUCAUGUGACCAUCAGCUGACCCAGCUGAGGAUGGAGUCAGAGGCGGCGCUUGGUCAAAUAACCAGCUGGCAGCGACUCAGAGAUGAACUGCAGGUGUACAUCUCAGCUGAACAGGAUGUCAUGCAGAUCAACCUGCUCUCCUUCAACCAAUCAGAGCUGUGUGUUGAGCUCAGGCCACGCCCCUCCUCUGACCAAUCGUCCAGUGAGUUGGAGCCACUGAAGCUGCUGGUCACCUGGAGCCACGAUGACCGCUUCAGACUGCAGGUGAAUGAGGGCACAGCUGGACUGGUGGAGGACUGCAUGUCGGGCAGGCGGUCGGAGCUGAGCGCCGCCCUGCUGGAGGUGAUGCAGUGCUACAUGGGUCAGUUUGAGCUGCUGUCUGAGAUCCAGGGACUGAGAUCCAGUUUUGCCAUCGACUGGCGUCCGGCUCAGCGUCUGCUGGUCUACCUGAAGACGGCGCUGCUGGUGUGUCACCUGGAGGUGGAGGAGGGCUACCCGAGCAGCGGACGAGCCCGACUGCUGUCAGUCCGAAGAGAUGGACAACCUGUGGACACAUCCGGACUGAAGCCUGGUACAUCUGACCCCAGUCUGACUGACUGGUUGGUGUUUCUCUGCAGCAGUCCUCUCAUCUGAACCACUUUUCUUUUCUUUUCUUUUCUUUUCUUUUCUUUUCUUUUCUUUUCUUUUCUUUUCUUUUCUUUUUUCUUUUCUUUUCUGUUUCCUCUCUUUCUUCCUUCACAUGUCCACUAGAUGUCAGUGUCUCUCUGUAUUGUCUGUCCUCUGUUACAGUUAAGGUGACUUCAGUUUCCUGUCUUCAUAUUAAACCUGUCUGUUCAUCACGUGUCCUGUUGUUGUUGUUAUUUAUGUAAAUAAACGUUUUACACC